AUGCUCGAUAUGACAAACGGAAGGGAGUGUAAAGCUGUCGUGGUUGGAGGUGGUGGUGUUGGGAAAUCCGCGUUGACGAUUCGGUUUAUCCAUUCGCAUUUUGUCGACGAGUAUGACCCAACGAUCGAGGACUCGUACAGGAAACAGGUGAUCCUGGACGGACAAGUGAAAGUGCUGGAUAUACUGGACACGGCGGGGCAAGAGGAGUACUCUGCCAUGCGAGAACAGUACAUGCGCACGGGGGAAGGGUUUUUGCUGGUGUACAGUGUGACGUCGAGGACUUCCUUCGAGGAGUUGAUGACUUACUACCAGCAGAUACAGCGUGUGAAGGACUCGGAUUACGUGCCCGUGGUCGUAGUCGGAAAUAAAUCGGACUUAGAGGACGAGAGGCAGGUCUCCUACGAUGAAGGUGUGGCGUUGGCACAGCAGAUGAAGGCGCCUUUCUUGGAGACGUCUGCGAAACAGGCGAUCAACACAGAUGAAAGCUUCUACACUCUGGCGAGGAUCGUCAGAGAUAAAGGUGGUGUGUACAACGUGGCUAAUAACCCGGCAGACGCCAUGGCGGGCACAGCCGGUGAGGAUGCCACUACAGCUGCCCUGGACCCAACGGGGGCGGCGGCGGCGGCAGGAACCGCUAACGACAGCAUACCGGAGGACUACUCUGGUCUCCCAUCCGCGCAACCCAUGCAGCGGAUGGACACGCGAAGAAUGUCACGGACGCCCAUUAGUGCAGUCGAGAGCAACAGUCUGCCGCUGCGCACUGGCAGCAAUGGCGGUGGCGGUGCCCCCACGGCCACUCCUCUCACCACUACAGAAACGGGGCACGCCCCGACGAACAACGUCAAGAGGCAGAGAACUGCAAAGGGGAGGAAAACUUCGCAAGAGGGGGACGUCUCGAACGUGAAGAACUCGAAGGGGACCGCUACUGCGACGGAAGACAAGACCAGUGGGGGAGGUUGCUGUGUGAUAUGUUGA